AAGUAAGCUGAAGAAAUAGCUACUAGACUUCCGGUACUCCAUCGCUCCGCCCCUUAGCAACCAGCGUCACGUCGUAGCAACCAGUGUUUACGUUUCCCCGGAGCGUCAGAGAUGCCGCUGAUAGUGAGGGAUCACACAUGGACGCAAAACCAGACCACAGUUUGCAUCAGUCUACCUUUAAAAGGCGUGAAAAGCGCUAACGUCCAUGUCAUCUGCACAGACGAGUACCUGAAGGUGAGCUUCCCUCCGUUUCUGUUCGAAGUUUUCUUCUUUGAGCCAAUAAAUGAGAUGAAGAGCGAGGCCAGGAUCGGAAACGGGGUCGCGGUUUUCACGCUGCAGAAGAGAAGAGAUGAAUUAUGGGAGCGGCUCUUCACGGACAUCGGUAAGGACAGGCAGAAGCAGAUUCGAGAGGGGGCGAUCCUUACAGUUCAGGAGAAAGAAGCAGAGAAAUCUAAAGCCAAAGCCGCCAGGAUUCAACAGGAGAACAAAUAUGCUCUGGAAACCAUGAUGAAGCUCGAGAACGAGGAGCGGGACAGGAUUCAGAAGAUGAGAGCCGCGGCAGAGCUGGGUUUCUGGAGAGAAGCGCGGGGAACCGGCACGGACGGCGGCCAGCCGCUUCAUCGGAGAACAGAGCGUGCAAGCGCUCCGCCCGGUGCUGCCAACCCUGCAUCCGGUCAGAGAGACGGAAAGCAGAAAUCAAACGCUUUGCCUGCUCCCAGAUCAGCUGGAUGCAUUCAGAUCAGCUUCACGCCGCGAGUGUUUCCCACCGCGCUCAGAGAGUCUCGAGUCCCGGAGGAGGAAGAGUGGUUGAAGAAGCAGGCGGAGGCCAGGAGAGCCGUGGACACAGAUCUGGCCGAACUGGACGACCUGAGAGAGGAAGAGAGAAACCCAGACUGGCUGAAAGAGAAGGGCGACAAAUUAUUCAUGGCAGGAAACUACCAGGCCGCCGUCAACGCUUAUAAUCUCGCCGUAAAACUCAACAGGAAGAUCCCAGCUGUGUUUUCUAACCGAGCUGCCUGUCAUCUCAAACUGAGAAACCUUCACAAAGCCGUCGAGGACAGCUCUCAGGCCCUGGAGUUACUGAAGCCUGCGGUCGCCGCCAACGCUCCGGCUCGACUGAAGGCUCACGUCCGGCGAGGAACGGCUUUCUGUGAGCUUGAGCUUUACGUAGAAGGUCUUCUGGACUAUCAAGCAGCUCUAGAAAUCGACCCACGCAACGCAGCCCUGCAAGCGGAUGCAGACAAGAUUCGUGAGAUCAUUCAAGGCACGACGUGAACCUGUGUCUCCUGAGAAGCUGUUGUACACGAGGGUUGUGUUUUACGCCGGUUCCUAAUAUAUAGACUGGUAGCGCUGAAGCGUCAUAAACAGUAUUCAUCUUCCCAAUAAAAUCACAUUUGUCUUA